AGAAUUUAUCUUUUGGAAGAAAUUAACUUUCCUUUGAACAUAGAUCUGAAAAAUACACCAAGAAUCAUCACCAAAUGUAAAACUCGUAUUCUAUUCUGCAAAUCAAGCGACUCAUAUCUACUUAACUUGUUCAUUUAAUGCGCGUCAUUCGGUCUCUUAAUUUAAUCUCUUUCGCAAACUCGGAAACCAAGAGUCCUCCAUGAUUUGCACCAACACCGGCACAGCGAGUACUAUCUUCAAAACCACGCAAAAUUGUAAUCGACUUCCAAUUUUCAGCCGCUAGCAUCGCGGAAUUAGAUGUUCAGGAUAUGUGGUAAUUUUGUGAGAAAGGGUACUGAGAUUCGGAAGGGGCAUCAUUCAAUGCGUGGAUGCUGUUUCCACGAUUAGCAUAAGUUUUCCUGCAAGUCGUCAUUUUUGGAAGGGAUCCUGAGGAAAAUAUGUGAAGAUUGUAGCCGCAAUAAAUCGAAGUUGUUUUCUGGCAGUGUAAAUUUAGAAGAAAAUUAAUUACACUUUAGGAUACUUUCCCUUUCUGCAUCUGUUAUUGAAUGCAAUCCUUGCUUUAUUAGGAAAGAUCUGGGGUUGUAUCCAGAAGUAGAUUCAGAUAAGAUAAAGCUCACUAGACGAGAUCUUUUUGUUGUUAUUAUUAGCUUAGAAACUACAUUCCUCUCCUUUCCAUAUAAAACUCUCCUUAAUUUGGAAAGUCAUGAGUUUGGGUUCCCCUAAAGGCUUUCCUACAAUGGCUGCAUUCCCGCGAUCCCUUGUGUCAAUUGCAAUAUCAGUGGGUGGCCUGGCAUUGUUCCUGAUUAUUGCUUCUUGUCUUCUAGUUCAAUCUCCUCUUGGAACCACGGUUCAAAGUUACUUUUACGGGGUUGAUAGUUCAAAAAAACUUGAAAUUUCUGUCUCCUCAAGCAAUCAAACUAACUAUGACUCUCCUCUUAGCAAUGUAGAUGUAAUUGAUAAGAAUUCAUCUUCUGGGCCUAAUUUUGAAGUGCCCGUAAGUUUAAACGGAUCUUCUGCUGUUAAGAAUAGGGAUAUGAUUGAUACGAAUUCUCUGACAACUAAGUCUGAUUCACAACCGCCCAUGAGUGAUUCACUGGUGGAUCAACCGGUUCCACAAGUGCCUUCUGUUGUAAGGCAAGAAGAGGAGGUCAAGACUGGUUCAAUCGCUUCCCACGGAAUAGGGGAUAUUGAUUCCUCAAAUAAUUCUGGUAAUGGAGAUUCAAGGAUGGAUGAUAACAAUAGAGAUACGUCUUCAGACUCUACAUUGGAGGCGGAGUCUUCCAUACCUCCUUUGGCAAGCAAUACAUCCAAGACUGAUUCUGGCUGUCAUCUGUACCAUGGAAGUUGGUUUUAUGAUUCUUUGGGACCAACAUACACGAACAACACAUGUCCCGUCAUCACACAGAUGCAGAACUGUCAGGGGAAUGGGAGACCUGACAAGGAAUAUGAGAAUUGGAGAUGGAAGCCAUUUCAGUGUGACCUUCCACGGUUUGAUGCCAAGAAAUUUCUAGAAUUGAUGAGAGGAAAGACUUUAGCUUUCAUUGGUGAUUCAGUUGCUCGAAAUCAGAUGGAGUCUAUGUUGUGCCUUCUCUGGCAGGUAGAAGUUCCAAAAAACCGGGGGAACCGGAAAAUGCAACGAUGGUUCUUUCGGUCAACGUCUGUGAUGAUUGUCCGGAUAUGGUCCUCCUGGCUUGUUCGCCAAACAUCUGGACCACUGGACUUUGCUCCAGAGGGCGUUGUGAAGCUUCACCUUGAUGCUCCUGAUGAUGACUUAAUGAAAUACAUCCCAGAUUUUGAUGUGAUUGUUUUUUCUUCUGGUCACUGGUUUGCAAAGGCGUCAGUCUAUGUCAUUAACAAUGAGAUUGUGGGAGGACAGUUGUGGUGGCCAGACAAAUCUCGGUCAAUGAAGGUUAACAAUAUUGAAGCAUUCGGGAUAUCUGUUGAGACAAUUCUCACUGCUCUUGUUACACAUCCAAAUUACACAGGGUUGGCGAUUGUUCGUUCUUUCUCCCCUGAUCACUAUGAGGGUGGGGCAUGGAAUACUGGGGGAUCAUGCACUGGAAAGGUUAGGCCUCUUAGUGUUGAUGAAUUAGUGGAAAAUGGUUUUACUGAAAUAAUGCACAAGGAACAGGUGACUGGUUUCGAGCGUGCGAUAAGGAAAAUGACGAAUAGGUCAAAGUUGAAGUUGAUGGAUAUCACCGAAGCCUUUGCGUACCGCCAUGAUGGGCAUCCAGGUCCAUACCGAAGCCCUGAUCCUAAUAAAAUCACAAAACGUGGCCCAGAUGGAAAGCCCCCACCACAGGAUUGCUUACAUUGGUGCAUGCCAGGGCCAGUUGAUACCUGGAAUGAGCUUGUGCUUGAAAUUAUAAGAAGAGAAUUUUUGGGUAAGCAAAGCUCUUCUGCAUGACAUUGUUGUGUUUACAUUGUGAAGCAGCCUUGCAUAGUUUUGCUUAUUUGCUUGAAAAACCAACCUAGAAUUAGUUAUGCUUGAGAGGAGUUUAGAGGAAUCGUUUAGCCAUAGCAAUUGAUUCUCCUUUCCUUUUCUUUUCUUCUUUUAUAUUUUUUUUUUAAAAUUGUUGAAUAGGAAUUUUCUUUUUGUAGAAAAUUUUAUGUAGCCUCAGAAGACAUGACUUCUGGCUAGGUGUUUGUCUUGUAUCUGGCUAAGAACUCUUUAUUUAGUGGUCGUAUAGUUCAAAGUAAAGCAGAAGUUGUUCAUCUGUGAGCAUGCCAUGUUCCUUUUUUUAAUGGUUUUCUAUUUUUUAUUUACACAAACAAAGUUCCGCAUGUAAUACAGUUGCAGUUGAGCAGAGCAUGUAAGAUACAACAUUGUUCCA